CAACCGCGUAAAUUAACAGAAAAGCCCCAGCCCAUCCAACCUCAACCAACGGCCCUCCCACUAUCUCCUCCCCAUUAAUUCAGACCAUCCCACAUAUCUGACAAUGACGUCGAUUGCAGAAGGCCUUUUCAAAUCUCUUCCCAAGCCAAAAUAUACCGGUGAAAGUGAAGAAAUCCCUCAACAUGCGCAGCCCCGUGGUCCACGGGUCCUGGGCCCAGGUCAACUUGACGAAACCCAGGUCGUUCUAAGGAGAACUGGCCCUCCACCAUAUGGAAACCGUGCAGGAUGGCGUCCACGAGCACCGGAAGAUUUUGGCGAUGGUGGCGCGUUCCCUGAGAUUCUCGUAGCACAAUAUCCCCUUGACAUGGGCCGGAAGGGCAAGUCUACUACGUCAAACGCGUUGGCUGUGCAGGUCGAUGCGGAGGGUAAGGUCAAGUACGAUGCGAUCGCACGACGGGGCCACAGCGACAACCGAAUCGUACAUGCUUCCUUCAAAGAUUUGAUCCCGCUCCGGCAACGGGUAGACAUGGGUGAGGUAUCGCUCGACCGACCGUCUGAAGAGGAAGUCGCAGAACAGAUGGAGAAGACGAAGAACGCAUUGGCGAGUCUGGUAUCGGGGGCCGUGGCGGCGCAGAAGCCCAAGAAUGUCAAGGGUGGGAAGAGGGCCGAACCGACCUUUGUGCGCUAUACACCUGCGAACCAGAUGGGAGACACUAGCCGGAAAAAUGACCGUAUCAUGAAGAUUGUGGAGCGACAGCAGGAUCCUAUGGAGCCCCCGAAAUUCAGACAUAAGAAGAUUCCUCGAGGACCGCCAUCUCCCCCUCCUCCCGUUAUGCAUUCUCCGCCUCGGAAACUUACCGCGGAAGACCAAGAAGCCUGGAGGAUUCCUCCGCCGGUAUCGAAUUGGAAGAAUCCCAAGGGUUAUACUGUUCCGCUAGAUAAGCGUUUGGCUGCCGAUGGCAGAGGACUGCAGGACGUUACGAUUAACGAUAAAUUCGCCCAGUUUGCUGAAGCUCUAUUCACAGCCGACAGACAUGCUCGAGAGGAAGUGCGACUACGCGCCCAGAUGCAACAGAAACUGGCAGAGAAGGAAAAGGCCCAGAAAGAAGAACACCUCCGUGCCCUUGCUCAGAAGGCACGCGAAGAACGAGCAGCAGUGGCCCCCUCCAGCCGUCGUGAAUCACGCGCCCGCUCUCGCUCACGAAGCGUCAGCUCAGCCGCGUAUUCAUCGCGUUCCGCAACUCCAGAGGAAGAAGAAGCCGUACGAGAACGCGAAGAACUCCGCCGCGAACGACGACAAGAAGCCGAACGGCAACUCCGCCAAUCCCGCAUGGGCACGGAACGACGCAUCCAAGCCAUGGCCCGGGAGCAGAACCGCGAUAUCUCCGAAAAGGUGGCACUGGGUCUGGCCAAGCCCACUCAGAGCUCCGAAUCUAUGUACGACUCGCGUCUAUUUAACCAGACCAGCGGACUAAACGCUGGGUUCAACGAAGAUAAUCCCUACGACAAACCGCUCUUCGCCGCGCAGGACGCUAUCAACAGCAUCUACCGCCCACGGGCCCAGAUAGACGUAGACGACGAGGAGGCAGCUGAGGGCGAGAUGUCGAAGAUCCAAAAGACAAAUCGCUUCGAGGUUCUAGGAAGGGCGAAAGAAGGGUUUAGAGGUGCCGCCGAAGCUGAUCAACGUGAAGGACCAGUGCAAUUCGAAAAAGACACAACCGACCCCUUUGGCAUCGACAGCAUGAUCGCCGACGCAACUAAAAGCUCCAACUCAGGAGGCGGACAGAAACGCUACGGCAUCCAGGAAGUUGAGCGGGAGGAUCGCGGAUCCAAGCGCGCAAGGGUCAGUGAUGAUGAAUAAAAGAAAAAUUAAAAACCUGGGUCGGUGUUGUCUUCACUUUACAUUAGGGCGUUCUUAUGUAGAAUGACAGAUUAUUUUUGUGGGGUUUUCGGGGUCAUCCGUACUUACUGGAAUGGAAAUUGAAUAUACCCGUAUUAUAUAUUUUCAAUUGCUUGUAUGGUUGCCUAUGUACAGGGUUUCCUAUGCCGCUUCUUCGGUUUGUUCCCCCCCGAUCACUGGGUACAUCUGAGUAUGCCCUGAGUGUAGCCUCAAUAAAAU